AUCAUUUUGGGCAAAGCGCUGCGGUGAUAUAGCUUAGCUGCUGGCAAAGGGACAGCUCGCCCAAAUCGCUGAAAGCGCAUGCACGGGCACACACGUCGAGUACUAAGCCGCUAAUCACUAUGACUCAUGUGGGUAGCCAGCAUUUGCCCGAUGAGGCGACACUCCUGCGCUGCUUGCGCGAACAUUUUGGGCUUCCAGGCUUUCGGCCAGGGCAACUAGAAGCGGUGACGGCAACCUUGUCAGGCCAGGAUUCCCUUAUUAUCUUGCCGACUGGCGGCGGCAAAUCCGUUUGCUUCCAGUUGCCAUGCCAUGCCAGGGACUAUGGCUUCACGGUCGUCAUCUGCCCGCUGAUCGCGCUCGCAAAGGACCAAGUGGACAAAUGCGACGAACGGGGCAUCUAUGCCGAGAGGUGGAACUGCGAAGUGCCUGAGGUGCGCAAGGCAAGCAUUGCCAAGGACAUUGUCAGCGAUGAGCCCAGUCUCCGAUUGCUGUACACCACGCCUGAGAGCUUACGACAGCCAAAGCUCAUGGAAAGCCUCAAGGAGGCCUGCGCCAAGGGCACGCUGGUGUCUUUUGCCGUGGACGAGGCGCAUACGGUCUCAGAAUGGGGUCAUGACUUCCGACCAGCUUACCUGGAGCUGUCAUACAUUAAGCAAGAGUUCCCGUCCGUGCCGGUGGCGGCGCUGACGGCCAGCUGCACGCCUAAAGUGAGUGACGACAUCAUCGCAGUCCUGCGUCUGCGCUCGCCACGGGUCGUCAAGGGCUCUUUCAACAGGCCCAACAUCUGCUACCAGGUACGGCACAAGGAGCUAAUCGGUGACGGCAGCGACCAAGCGGCGCUCGAGGAUCUCAUCCGCUUCAUCCAGGACAGGCCCGACCAGUGCGGCAUCAUCUAUGCGCGGCUGCGCACCACCUGUGACUGGCUGGCAUCUGCCCUGGCGGCCCGCGAUGUGGAGGUGGGUUGCUACCACGCCGGCAAGGGCACGGACGCCCGGUCGCGCGUCCAGCGGGACUGGAGUGGCGGCGGCCUCAACGUCGUAGUGGCCACCAUUGCGUUUGGCAUGGGCAUCGAUCGUGCAGACGUGAGGUGGGUUGUCCACUGGAACGCGCCGUCCAGCAUGGAGGGCUUCUACCAGGAGAGCGGCCGUGCGGGCCGAGACGGGCAGCCCAGCCUCUCCGUCGUGUACGCCAGUCGCACCGACCUGGAGUCCAACCACAAGAUGGA